AUGAUUGGAGGCAAGUCUCUCGGUGUUCCAACUGAGAUCGAUUCAGAACUGUUCUUCUGCACACCAGAAGACGCCUCGGCUCACAUUGGGUUUGAGCUUAUGUUCCCCUUCGAUCCAAGCAAUGAGGACCGUGGAUUUGGAGUCUGCCACGAACUUGAUACCAGCACUGGAAGGUCGGCGCCCGCGACCUCACUGAAGCUGAAGGUGAAAAUGCCCAGAGGACAUUAUCGGAUCACUUUCAAGGAUAUAAAUUCUAUGCCUAGCCUCAAAAACCGCUUUCCUCAGCAGAAACCCAUAACGGCUGUCGUGAUAACUCUUCAUGAGGGACAUAGUGUCACUGUUGACGGCUAUGGAAACCCCUUUUCCAAUCCUGAACAUCCAUGCGACGGAUGGCUUAACCAAGAUUUGCCUAUCGAACAAGGAAUCGUUCUCGCUGAGAUUUUUAAAUUGCACCAGUUUCACGUUGUCAUUCUCUCCGAAAUCGUUGACGCAAAGAAGUGUUUCGGUAGGCAACUCCCAAAGGCAUUUUCGUAUCCGUACGGCAACAACCAUUCAUGGCAACCAAACACCUACAAGGACAUCUCGUAUGGCAUCCAAAGAAGUCUUCCAUUCGCAAGAGCGCUCAACUUUGGAGACGAUGAUAGCCGACUUGCUGUUCUCACUCAGUCUGUCGUCCAGGACACCUUGUGGCUGGCCCUUGCCGCAGCCAAAAUCUUCGCAACCAAGUUCUCGGCCUAUUUCGUACCGUUGAAGAAGCGAAGUGAGACCGACACCACUUAUGACACUUAUUAUGCUGUGAUACAGCUUACAGGAGAAUUCCGACACCAGUACAAGAAAGAAUGGGAUCAACUGACAAAUUGUGAAUCUUUCAAAUUGGCUUUCCUCAGGCCAACCGACACAUUUGGCCCCCCACGGCUUUCAAGAGAAGGGUCGUGGUAUAAAUUGGCCAAAGAAUGCUGGGAUGCCAGACUUGUGCAGAAUGCCAAAGGCCAGGCAGCCUUGGUGCCACAUCUUCAGCAGUGGGUGCCCGUCUUACUAUUGGAGAUACGCCGAGGCAAGUCAGUUAUGCAGUUGCCUACUUUCCCCGAUUGGAACACGGCCAUCAACUUCAAGGGCAAGGAUCCUCAGAGCUGGUCUACAGUCUCACUCUUGUUUGAUCCGCAGUUGAAAGAGUGUGAGCGAAAGGUCAAUGCUGUUUGCCAAUUUGCUCAGGACGCUAAACCAAGCCAUGACCUCGCUGCGAAUGAGACUUCGGCUAUCAGCCUGGAAAGGCGGAUGGAGCUUCAUAGGGCUCUUCAGCGUGGACGGGGAUUCCAUCCGUCCUCAGGAAGCCGCCAAAGCGCAAGCACCGAUGAUGUGAUUGCGUCCAUGGGCCAACUUGAAAUCGAUGAGAAUCACGCCACAGGGCCACUCAUUCCCGUGGUGAAUCUUCUGAAUGGAGUUAAACCGAAGUACUUGGAAGCUCUGUUACAGAAGUUUCUCGAAAAUGAUCGAGGACGCAUCAGGGAGUAUUUGAGAAACCGUCCAUUGGGGUUCGGAGUAAUCACUGCGGGCCCAGGAUUUGGGAAAACCACCGGGCUGGCGGUCGCCACGCUUCUGAUGAGAGCCUCUCAGGGCAGAAUAUUUGGAAGCGCGCCGUCCAACGUUGCCAUAGACAACUUCGCUGAGCGCCUUUCGAGGAUCGACGACGAGGGAAUCAAGCAGGCCAACAAAGGCAGAGCUUCAUCUGCCACCCAAAGAAUACGCCGCAUCCUGAUUAUACGAGGCUAUGCCAUUCCCGACGAGAUCGCUGCGUUCCGAAUGUUAGUGGAGAGUCCCAAGAAGGGUGACAAUGCCGCACCAAAGAGGGAGUGGAGGCCCAAGUCAAGGUGGAAGCUUGAUUUAUCCGCAGCGUACUGGCUAUUGAUGGUUUUGAGAUCUUCUGCCGUACGCCAACUUGAUAGUGACGACAGCUUGGUCUUGCACGAUAUGCAGAAAGUCUACGAUGGCCAAAAGAGUCUUGGCCCCCUCCGGGAUAUCAUAGAGGGCAAGAGACGUUGGAACGAUCUUGGUGAUGAAAAAUUUGGGCCCGAGGCGAUUGGGGAGAUGCCACAGCACCUCAUCGAAAAGGCAGACAUUCUCCUGACCACUCCAGCCAAAUCCCAAUACUCUAGCUACCUCGCGUGGAAAAAGACGGCUCAUGGAGUAGCGAUCGACGAGGCCGCAAACAUGACAAGGCCUGAUCUCGAUUGUGUAUGGGGAAACGUCUUGCUUCGGUGCUUUCUAGCUGGUGACGAGCAUCAGCUUCGACCUACGGUAAAGACGGAGCAGGAAAGGGACAGAAGUGGAAAAUACUUUAAUCGACACCAUGCCGAUGGAAUCGUUUCGCCCCUUGAGUUUUUCAAGAUGAAUGGAUGGCCUGUCCUCCGCCUACGUUUUGAUAUCUGCCACCGCGAGCUAUAUUCCGACCUUCCCUUUGAAUAUGCCCCGCGCUGUCGCAUUAUCACGCCUGCCCAUCGAGUUGGGGGCCAGCUAGAGGACUACACCACUCGUAGGUUCCCGGAGCUGAGACCACCUUCUCAAGGCACGCUAUCGCCCAUUUUCAUCCACUGCCGUGGCUCGGGGCGCGAGAGACCCAAGGGGAGAUACGCCAUGUCAAGUCAGAAUACCGAUCAGAAUACAGCCGCCCUCCAAUUCCUAGUUGGUUUCGUGAAAGCGAGCCAAACCAACCCUGCGCGCAUCUGCCUUAUUACUCCCUACAAAGCGAAUGUCCAUGCGAUUGAGAAAAUGCGAAAGAGCAGCGACUAUGAAGUCCUCACCGGUUUGCCACCAGCCGCGACCGUAGACUCGUUUCAAGGCCGGGAAGGGGAUGUCGUCUUGGCUAUCAUGGUCUCUACGGAGAAGUCUGGGCCAGGGUUUAUGAGGUGCGAGAACCGGUUGAAUGUUCUGUUAUCCCGUCAUCGAAGCGCACUCGUGAUUGUCGGCGAUAUCAAUGCUGCCGGAGCUCUAGUUGAUGACAGCAACGGAAGGAUGAAGGUAGAGCAAAGCCCACCAAGCAACAACGGAAUGUUGAGCAAUGUGUGUUCAGGACUCGUAAAGGAGGGUCGAGUUGUAGUUGUUGAAUGUAACAAGUAG